AUGAAGGAAAGACCACAGCUCUCGGCUGGGGAUUAUCUCUCUUUGCUCCUCGCCAUGACGAGAUGCCUUGGCGCAUUGACAUACUCGACCCUGACCGGUUGGGCGAGGGGCGAAGACUGCCCAAAGGCGUACAAGCGGCAUGUCAUCUACAGUGUGAUGAGGAGUGCGUUCGCGGGAUUGACGGUCAAGCAGUUCCAGGCCGUCCAACCGACCACCUCGGAAGGGUACCAGACAUUUUGCAAGAAGCAGAAAUUCACGCCCGAGGUUGUCGAGUUGGAGCACGGUGCGACUGGAUGCUUUUUGGGGCCCCAAACGGCCAAGAAGACGCUGGUCUGGUUUCACGGUGGUGGGUAUAAUUUGGCAGCCUCGGAUGAGCACUGGAGGAUGCUGUGGGAUUGGAUUGAGCUGGUCAAGAACAAUGGCGCGGAGCUGAGGGUGAUGGUUCUCGAGUACGAACUGGCGCCUUAUGGUGUGUUUCCUUUGCAGCUCAAGCAGGCGGUUGCCUCGAUCCAACACCUGCUGGACUCGGGCUUGCAGCCUUCCCAGAUUCUGAUAGGCGGAGAUUCGGCAGGAGGGAACCUCGCAACAGCAUUCACUGCCCACCUGACUCAUACUCACCCCAGUGUUCCCGCUAUCAACCUGUCCAGCAACAUCGGAGGGGCGCUCCUCGUGUCUCCCUGGGUCUGCUUCACCCAGGAACGAGCCUCGUGGAAGAGCAACCAUAAGAAUGACGCGCUCGACCCGGCGACGGUCAGAAUAUGGUCCGACAAUUUCAUGGGCAAGACGCCCAACGACAACUGGAGUCAGCCUGCCGAAGCACCGGCAGAGUGGUGGAAGGACUUAAAGGUGGAUAACAUCGCCAUCACAGCGGGGGGGAACGAGGUGUUGAGGGACGAUAUUCGGGUCCUUGCUGAAAACAUCAAGGUCCAUAAUCCUCAGGUCGAAUACUUCGAAGCGCCGGGAGAGGCGCAUGAUGCCAUCAUCGUGGAUAAGGCGCUUGGAUUGAAGGAGGAUUUUGCUUCGGGGCAGUUCGUGCGCAAGUGGGUUCUGGCGAGGGUGAAAUAG